UCGGCCAUUGUAAACACACCCAUAACAAUAUGGAAUCUGUCUUUCUUCGAGCCUGGUCCACCCACGUCGAUGAUGGUCUUGUGUCGCUGUUCGUCAUGUGUAUUUUGUUCCUCAUGACUGUGUCCCUGCUGGUGUACAGGCACCGGGGGUCUCUGGAGUGCCUCUCUCCCCGGGACGGCAAAUCCCUUCCCCCGGGGAAUAACGGCCUGCCGUUUCUUGGUGAGACCCAUCUGCUUGCUUCACAAAAGGACGACUUCUUCCGUAAACGUCGCACACAGUUUGGCGCCAUCUUCCGCACGCACCUGUUCGGGUGUCCGGCGGUGCGGGUCACUGGGGAGGCCAACAUCAAACAGCUGAUACAAAUGGAGGGACGCCAGUUGAGGUCCUUUUACCCCGUAUCAGUCAGACGUCUCCUCGGUGACAACUCCAUUGCAACCUCAUCUGGACCCCAUCAUCGUGAACGGAAGCGCCACCUCACUCAAUAUCUGUCCCGCGACUUCUUCCAAGAUCACGUAUCACUAUUCUCCGGCGUUGUCAGUCAGCAUCUUCUGAAAUGGAACAAACAGGAAGUCAUAGAUAUAUACCCAGCAUGCAAAGCUCUGUCGGCGGAAGUUGCGUCACGGUUCCUUCUCGAUAUGGAGUUGUCGCCAUCCCAGCUUGACGAGAUCAGAAGUCUGUUGUCGGAGUUCACAGACAAUUUGUUCUGUUUUCCAGUGUAUUUCCCAGGCACGAGCUACUAUAAGGCCUACAACGCAAAGAAACGAUUGUUGACAAUUAUAGAAAAUAUCUCCAAAACCCAGAGACCUGGCAACAAGCAGACAUCAGUCCUCACAGAAACGUUGCAGCCAACCACAGACUUGCACGCAUCCCAGACCCAACUUGAGAUGCUGGAAUCCCUCUUUGAGCUGCUGUUUGUCGGGGCAGAUAAUAACGGUUCGGGGAUGUUCGCCAUAGUCAACUUUCUUGCCCGGCACCCAGAGGUUGUCAACAAGAUACACGUGGAGCUUGAGGAGGCGGGCCUACUGGGAGGGGCUGUAGGAGACCACGCCCAUGAGGACCUCACUUUGGAGCAGGUGCGCGGUCUGUCCUACAUCCGGGCAGUGGUGAAGGAGGCUAUGAGAUUAAUGCCCCCGGUCGGCGGUUUCUACAGAACUGUCACAGAAGCCUUCACAAUCAAUGACUUCUACAUCCCUAAAGGCUGGCGAGUGAUCGCUGGGAUCAGAGAGACUCACGAACACGACCCUUCUCUCACCGACCCUCUGAGGUUCGAUCCCGACCGAUGGCUCAAUAAAGAUAUCAAGCCUGCGUUCCUGGCCUUCGGGGGUGGUUCCCGCGUCUGUCCGGGUAAAGAAUACGCCGACAUCUUGCUACGCGUGUUCGUUAUUAAUCUGAUGAGGACGUGGAGUGUUGACAUUGUGAAGGACUCUAGCAUCACCAUGUUCCCCGGUGUCAGACCCAAGGAUAAGAUGACUGUCAGCCUGACACGUACGUAGCUCCUAGUGUCUACACUGGCCAAGAUACCCUUCCGUAGCGAUACGACCAUCGUCGUUAUAAAUCGUAGCGCUAUGAAUCUCCGUAAAUCAUAAUGCUACGCUUAUUGUAAAGCUACGCUCAUCUUAGUGCUUCAAGUGUCGAAACGUUGAGUAAAUAUGUGUACGAUUAGCGUAAAGCUAUGCUAAUCUUUGCGCUAUAAACCUCGUUAUCUUACGUAAAUAAUCGUGUUCAGACGUGUUUAAAGUUACGCUGAACUCAAUGCUUCAUCCGUCGUAAAGUUAACCACUGUGCUACACUAUCCUUACGCUCCGCUUAGCUUAUUUCUUCAACUAUCGUAAUCUUUGUGCCACGACUAUCGUAAAUCUACGUUAAUAUUAACGCUACGACUGUCGUAAAGUUCGGCAAAUCGUUGACCUACGACAAUCGCAGACUCACGACCCAGUGCUACAACUAUCCCUUACAGCUGUGGGUGUAUUUUAACCGCAGCACAUAGACUUUGUGAAACGGAGCUGUGAUGUGUGUACGAAUGACCCAGUAAUCAACAAGUGAGUGAGUGAGUGAGUAUGGUUUUACGCCGCUUUUAGCAAUAUUCCAGCAAUAUCACGGCGGGGGACGCCAGUAAUGGGCUUCACACAUUGUACCCAUGUCGUGAAUCGAACCCGGGUCUUAGGCGUGACGAGCGAACGCUUUAACCACUAGGCUACCCGACCGCCCCAGUAAUCAACAACAGCAAUAGUACUUGUAGUUCAUGGCAGAUACUAUCAGGCUACGCCGGGGGUUAAUGAUGUUCGUUUGUACAAACUGGCAUGCAUGCAGCAUUAACGUGUUACAAGGUAUCUGAACGUGAUAUGAGUGGGGGAGUGAGUUUAACGCCGCUUUGAACAGUGCUCAUAUCGAGGUGUGUCAUGGGGAGGAAUGCCCAAAUUGAUAUACAUCUUAAUAUUUUACCAAUGGCGAUACAGACGAGCACAGUUUUGCUGGUAUUCAACCAAUGGCCAUGAUCAGAUAGAAAGAAUGGAUUUGAACCCAGAAUCAUUGAAGUCUGACAUUCUUAAGGGACGCAACCCUGCAUGGUAAAUUGUGGCCCCUUGGAAAACUGGACCCCUUCCCAAUGUGAUACUUAAUUUGAGGCCUGCGUGUGCUAUAUAGAUGUGUCCAGUUUCGUUAUUGUGGACUUUUGUACCAUCUGUGUGACGUUAUGUUUUUCCUGUGAUAGCCGUGCUUCAGAAAUGUGCCAUAUUGUUUGUCUUUAGCUCUGUGAUAUUUGUUAAUAAAAGUGUUGAAAAAUCGUAUUGUAUGGUCGAUUCUAGUAUAUUUGUUUGUAAACGUGACAAACAUCAGUUGUUAUUACAAUAAAAACGUUUCUACU